CAUUUCAUCUUAGUGUCCUCCGUCUGUGUCCUCUUAAGCAUUGCCAUAAUCGCUUCUCAUUCAUAUAUACCUGUCGUUUUCUUUCUUCUCUUAAUAACUUCCUUUUCUACUCUCACUUCCUUCUUCAUCUUUUGCUGUCUGCCUUGUAAUAUGGAUCCUGAUGCACCCUUUGACGAGGAUAAGAAGAAAACAUGGAAGCAAACUAUUCUGCUAUCAUUUCAAAUUGUUGGAAUAGUUUAUGGUCAACUAAGCACUGCACCCUUAUAUGUAUUUGGGACAAUGCAAACAGGAGAUCUUAUAUCAGAGGAGGUUGUUUAUGAACUUUUCUGCUUCAUUUUCUGGACUCUCACUGUAAUUUCUUUGCUCAAGUAUGCUUCUAUAGUGCUGAAAGCUGAUGAUGAAGGAGAGGGUGGUACUUUUGCUUUGUACUCACUGUUGUGUAGAAACGCAAAAGUUGGUUUGCUCCCAAGUGAUAGAAGCGCCAAUGAGGUUAUGCUUUAUGAGGAGAAAAGUCCUUGUAAGCUCAAAGCCGAUUCAAGAGCACGAAGGGCCAUUGAGAAACACAAGAUCUGUCACUAUUUAAUAUUGUUCUUAGCUCUCUUUGGUUCCUGUAUGACUAUUGGAGAUGCAGUGCUCACUCCAGCACUUUCAGUGUUCUCAGCUUCCAUUGGGGUUCAAAUAUCCUUGUCGUCUAUAUUGAAAGACAUAUUUGCCUCGUCGCCCCACACUCAAGACACCGUGUCAAAGGCUCUAAGAACAUAUGUACCUGUUCCCUCUGCGUGUGUUAUAUUGGUAGGCCUGUUCAUGCUGCAGCAUUGUGGUACACGUAAAAUUGGGAUCAUAUUUGCCCCAAUCAUUGCUGUUUGGUUGUUGUUUGUUGGUGCCGUGGGAACCUAUAAUAUUUUCCACUGGGAUGUAAAAAUUAUGUAUAAAAUAUCCCCAGUAUACGUGUUCAAAUUUAUCAGAAAUGUCGACAAAGGUAGAUGGAGGUUGUUAGGGAGCGUCAUUUUAUGUGUAGCAGGAUCAGAGGCAAUGUUUGCAGACCUAGGCCAUUUCUCCAAGAAAUCAAUUAAAAUUACAUUUAUAUGCUUGAUCUAUCCGCUUCUUGUCUUAUGCUAUGCUGGUCAGGCUGCAUACAUCUCCAAAAAUUUAGGUGUUCAAGAUUUUAAUCAUCUUAGUCAAUCUAUGCCACGUCACAGCAAACACUUGUUCAUAGUAUUGUCCCUACUUUCUUCAGCUGUAGGAAGCCAAGCAACCAUAACAGCGUGUUUCUCCAUCAUUAACCAGUGCUUGGCAUUAAAUUGUUUUCCAAGAGUAAAAGUUAUUCACACAUCAAAAACCAUACAUGGGCAGAUUUACAUCCCUGAUGUCAACUGGUUAUUGAUGAUCCUUAGUCUCACUGUCACUGUUGGUUUUAGAGACCUUGUGAAAAUUGGCAAUGCAACAGCUUUGGCUAUAAUAUGUGGGAUGCUUGUGACAACUAGUCUCAUGUCACUGAUCAUUGCUUUGUAUUGGGAGAAAAAUUUGAUGGUAUCUGCAUGCUUUCUUAUAUGUUUUGGCUUUCUGGAGGCUGCAUAUCUUUCAGCAUGUUUGCUACAAUUCCACAAAGGAGCUUGGUAUCUUGUGGUCCUAUUGGUGGUGUCCAUGACAAUCAUGAUUUCAUGGCACUACGGUACUAUGAAGAAGUAUGAAUAUGAUAUGCAAAACAAGGUAUCAACUGAAUGGCUAAUAGAUAUUAGUCCAGGUCUUGGGAUAUCCAGGGUACCCGGAAUUGGCUUCAUUUACACUGACAUAGUAGCAGGGAUCCCAGCUUUCUUUUCACACUUUAUCACUAAUCUUCCUGCAUUUCAUCAAGUGUUGAUCUUGGUGUCCUUCAAGUCUAUAACAGUGCCUCAUGUGCCAGAAAGUGAAAGGUAUCUCAUAGGUAGAAUUGGGCCAAAAGAUUAUAAAAUAUAUCGCUGCAUUGUUAGAAGUGGAUAUUGUGAUCAUAUAAGGGACACAGGUGAUUUUGAGGAGCAGAUUAUUCGGUCUAUUGGGGAAUUCAUUUCCAUUGAACAAAGUGACAUUGAAUCCAUGAUUUCCCCAGAUGAAAGAAUGAUAGUUGUUGGAAAUUCACCCCUGGAUGGAAAUGCUUUAGUUCCUCUAGAUGAAGCUGACUCAUGCAUGAGGCCAAGCCCUGUGAACAAUGAAUCUCAGAUUAAUCCACUAGAUGAAACAUUGGAGAGUAGUAAUCGCUCUAAGAAGAGAAAAAAGGUUCGGUUUAUGUUGCCUGAUAAUAGUCCUAAAAUGCAUGCAUCAGUGAGAAAGGAACUUUUGGAGCUAAUUGAUGCUAGGGAGAGUGGCAGUGCGUAUUUCUUGGGGCAGUCACAUUUAGUGGUUCGUGAUGGCUCAAAUUUUGUCAAGAGAUUCUUAAUCAUGGCCUAUCGUUUCAGUGAAAAAAAUUGUAGGGAAUCUCCUGUAGCUCUUAAGAUCCCUCAUGCUGCUCUUGUAGAAGUUGGUAUGGUAUGUACUAUAUAAGUCCAAGAAAAAACCAAUAGAGAAGUUAUAG